GAUUUCGGCCUCGGCGUGUCUUUCCGAGGUUGACCUUUGCCUAUACUGGACUAUGGACUCUUCUAAUCAUGAUCUCUCUCUAUGGAUUAUAUUGAAGAUUAUGUUCCUUUCUCGACUUCUGUCUCAUAGAUUGACACACUUGACACUCCCCCGUCAUGCACCAUGCAUACUAUCCCACAAUGCCAGCUGGCCACUGGCCACUGGCCACUCACCCUGUCAAUCAUCAAGACCUAGUUCGGACUGUUUCGAUUAUGAAUGGCUCCACUCGCAUCCACCCCUGGUUCGUCUGGUCCUCUGGAUUUGCCUCGCUGCGUCUGCUGUGACGAAUCCUGCUCCCGUCCCAACCAAACCAGAUUGGAUAAUGGGUCGGAGCCAUGGAAGUCUUCCAUGAAAGCUUCUCUGCAAAUUAGUCGAGAGAAAGAGGUCGCCAUGUGGGCCUGUGUGCCUGGAUUUGGUGGCAACACUUGCCACGAGGCGACAUUCCCUUCCACCGUAUUCAAUGCUUGAUCUAUAUGACUUUGUCACGCGAUA